ACAAUGGGGGACGAAAGAGAAGUCGAGAUUCUUCAAAAAUUAGAUGGUUUGAAAGACAUACGAACAAGAACUAUUAAUCUUGAGCGUAUAAAGACCAAGUUACGUCAGGAGUUUGACACAACAGAGAAUGAGGAUAAACUUAUAGCAGAGUACAAGAAGGAGAUGGAACUGUUGUUACAGGAGAAGAUGGCUCAUGUUGAGGAACUUAGACUCAUUCAUGCUGAUAUUAACCUGAUGGAAACCACAAUUAAACAAGCUGAGGAAGAGCGUAACAGAUCUCUAGAGAAUGCUAAGCAUCUAUAUGAUGAUUAUAAACCUUUAAAAGAUGAGGUGGACACAUUGAGAAAUAGGAUUGGCCUUGAAUCUUUGCCAGGCUUAAAUGACGAAGAGGAGAAAAUCUCACCACAGUAUUUUGACCGUCCUAAAUCAGAGUUCCAUUCAGAGCAGCCAGGAAGUUCAGAUCCUCAGCCUCAAAUUCAGCCCCAAAUUGUAGCCCCGCCAGUGGUUGCGCCACCUCUUCCAGUACAAAUGAACCGAGCCAAACCCUCAACAGAUCAACCUAGACAAGCUUUUAGACAGCAACCUCCUCCCAUGAAGGCUUGUCUGUCAUGUCAUCAGCAAAUACAUCGUAAUGCUCCAAUCUGUCCACUGUGUAAAGCCAAAAGCCGAUCGAGAAAUCCUAAAAAGCCGAAAAGGAAGUUAGAUGAGUAAUCCUAUAAUAGAUUUGAUGUAGGAAUAUGUUUAUGCAGCUGUCACCAAAGAUAGAAUUAACAGCAUUACAUCAUUGACAAUUGUUGAUGGGAUUUAGUAGGGAAAAUGUCUUUUAUAGAAAAGAUUAUGUUGUGUGUAUGUCUGUUGUAAAGUGGUACUAGAAUAAAAAGAGAAAUACUGACAUAUUAAGAAUUUGUUACUGAAAUAUUAAGAAUUAAGUAAGAUGUGUAUUACUCUUUUAGCUCUUAAAUUGGUUGAAUAUCUUAAAUUGGUUAAAUAUUAAGACUUUGUUAGAAAUAGCUCUGUUCUCUAUAUCUGAGCUUGACUUUGACGAGUGCAUUUAUUUGUUUACUUUAAUUUUAAGACAUCACAAAUAUAAGCACUGCAUAAGCAAACAUUUGUAUUUUUGAUUAAUUUUCCCAUGACAUUUACAUUUGUACAAAGUUAAUUGUUUUUGUAUUAUUUAAAAAUCUUUUUUAAUGAUUUAUUUUACAUUCCACAGUCUUCCAGGUGCUAUAAUCUUGUUUCUGUGUUCACUUUCUGUUUUUAAGUUGUAGGUCUGUUUCCUAAUACGGUUAAUUCUACAACAUAUCUUGUCAUAAUUUCUAUAUCAUAAACUUUUAAAAGAUUGUUUAUUUUAUGAAUUGUGUGUUAGUAUAAGGAUGUAUUAUUACUACUUAGUUUAUGUUGUAUAUUGUUAAUGUCCAUUUCAUAUAUUAGUAUACAAAUAUAAUUUGUUUCUUGUCUGUAGUUGUAAAACAGUUGAUGAAUUUGUCAGGUCUGAACACGCACACAAAUUUUAAGGCUGUGGUUAUAUGUAUGUACCUGCUUCAGAAGCAUUUUUGUAUAAUAGUUGUACACAAAUUAUAUUAUGGAAUAGUAUACUGUUGCCAGUAACAACGAAAUACAGAUUCUCAUCUCUACUAUUUGUCUAUGAUACAUUGUCUAUAUAGAAACAUAGACAUGAAGUCUCAUAACGCUAAUGUGAAGUCAGAUCAUGGGUCGCAUUGCAUUACCAGGUAGCCUUAUUAUCUGUUCUGUGUAAUCAAAUUAAACAAUAUUUGUGCUGAUUUAUGUAAAGUUGGAAAUGGCGUUUUAAAGAACAGAAA